ACCCUCCCUUCGGAAUCAUGUUGCAAUCCGGGAUGACACCUCCCAAAAGAUUCCGUGAAUAUAGCCAAUCAUUCCUCCGAGCACUGAUAUGGCUCUCGGGAGCCUCCACCUUGGCUUCAGUCUCCUCAUGGAAGGGUAACCAAUCCUUCGCUCGCAGCGCCCGCAGAGGCCCUGACCCUUGAUCAGCCGGGCUUAUGCUAAUCAUGGACUCUCUCACCUUACCGUCCUAACGUCAACUGCCGAUCUUGUUCUUAGGUCCCUAAAUUCAUGAUGGAAAGGUAGGAUGCAUCUUUCCGGGUCUCCCGAAAUCCUCGGAACGGACGCAAGACGAUGACAGUGUUUACGGGGCUGUAUCCAAGCUAAAUUUCCGGGUUGAUUCAAGCGCCAUGAGCACGUCGCUGGCAACUAGAGACUCCUGCUCACCCUGUGAGUACUGUGCCGGUACUCGAGUACACCUCAACAUCACUUAUACAGUGAAUGUCUCAAUUUCUGCAACUUCUCCGUCAAUACCAAUCAGACUGGACACCGCUACAAUGAUCGGCUGAUGGCAUCUACGAUCUAUUAUGUGUCGAACCUGCUGCUUCUGCUUUUACCCAAGUGCGCCCCCCGGGGUUGCGCACGCGGUUACAUAGAACCCAUCACCUUUUUACCGCACCGGUAAGCCUAGCCACCCAGCGUUCUGGCCCGGUGGGAUGUGUUAAGGUAUUUCUUGCAACGCAUCUUCUUGGACGGAUGGUGGCGCGGCCAUCCCGUUGGGCUUUUAUUUCUAUUUUUCUCUCGGGAUGGUCACGGGGGCUACGUUUUCCACCUGUGUCUGGGGUAUCCAAUGCCCAGUAUGAUGAGAAAAUUGGCGAGAACGCACGACCGGCAUGGAGUGAAAUUAGGAUCUUUUGGUUGUUGGAUUGUCCCCCUUUAUUUGCAGCUUACAGUAUACCGGUACUGUGUCCACUGUAUUGUAACAAUGAUACCAUUUGAGUGCUGGUGCUCGGGGAAAUUAUUGUCUACCUUCUAGACAAACUCUUCAGGGACAGGAGUAAAAUUCCAGACCAGAUGUCAAUCAUGGCUCUAAUCAGUGGAAUUACCCGCCAAUCAUUUGUCCUCUUAUCUGAUGGAUCAGGGGUCCAGCCAGAAAAGCUCCCCCUUUCUUGGCAACUCGCUCAUCAAACCGCAUCCAUCAUCACGACUUGCACUUUCCAACCUCCAAUUCCGCGGGAUCGUCUCGUACGGCACUACCGGUACUUUCGUUUCCACCUCACAUCACCGAUACUCCCUAAACCACCUCAUUGCGUAGAACGGGAUGCGGUUCCGGGCUUCCCUCUUCAACCUCGCACUCCUUUCCCUCCUCGCUUCGUCCUCAGCGGCCCCAAAUCCAAAUCCAAACCCUGCGCCCGCCGUCGACCCUGUAAUGUCUGCCUCAAUGGCCAUUCCGUACACACCUCAGGCGGGUUCAACUCGUUAUGCUCCUAUGCAAACACAGCCCGGACGGAGCAUCACAGCCACUGAAACCAAGAUGCAGUAUCCUACUAGUGCCUAUACAAUCUUUACCACCAAGGGCCCGGCGCCGAAUGUUCUGGUAACGAUUACCCAGGCGUGGGAUUAUACCCCCACCAGCAAGAUCAACACGGUACGCCUCCAUCCGGUUCCUGGCGCCAAUCGAUUGGCAUGUUGGAUUCUGCUAACACUCGCGGUUCCUUAGGCGGCACCACAACCGAGGCCGGAAGAGAACAUGCAAAAGUUUUUGCAGAGGUGGAGAGAUUAAAGGUGUUUUGAUUGUUACGGUGAUGGUAGAGCUGGGUCCGGUGGGGGUGGGGGUUUGAGGUAUUGGGGUGGGGAGAGGGCGAUUCUUCUGUCUAGUUUUGGGCUGGCCUCUGUGCGGUACAAGGUAGUGUCCCGUUCGCAAAGAUCUCGUGGAUGGAAAGGUGCCGUGGCAGGGUCUUGGUGGCAAGGGGAGUACUGGCACAUUGGAUUGCCAAAUAUUGCUGUCCAAAUUAGGUACCGGGAGGGCAACAGACUUUCCCAUCAGUUUGAGGUAAUAGCAGCAGAAAAAUUCGCCUGUACCAUAUUUAUCAUAGUACUCG